CAAAGCAGGAGAGGGAGCUUUCGUUUGGCAACACUCGGGUCCGUUGGUUCAUUUUCUUCUUUUACGCGAUCGAAUCCAGAAGAAAGAAGCAACUUUUUCUGCGACACAGCCACUCCGGAACAAUUUCAAUAGUUACUGUCUGGGGCUCUUAUUCCGUCGAAACACACACACGAACUCUCCAGUGGAAGCUCCCUAGCGGAAAACUUCCGGUGUUUCGGUGACGUACAGUGAAACUGUUUCGACAGGAGCUACGGAAUUCGGGAAAUAGUGUUGAAAAAAAAUUGCCUUCAUCGGAAAUAUUUGAUUUUUUUUGUGUGUGCUCCCUUCACGUACUCUUCGAAGAGCAGUAGCAGACGCAACAGCAGCAGCAGUAUUUCUACAUCCGCUGGAAGCCAAUCGCUGGACUAAAAGACGAGUGCAAUUAGAAGUAUUCGUAAUACAACCCGUUCCGUGAUCAGAUCGAGAUAAGAAGCACGAAGAGUUUAGAAAACAGCCCAAAGAAGAGGCUAAAGAGUUAAAAAAAUAGCGAGUGAGAUCAGCAAAAGAUCAUCGUCAAUGCACGAGUAAUUGGGAAUUCGAAUUGGGAAGAGAAGAAAUUAUCAAAAUAGUUGCCCCGCUGGUCGGUAUCCGGCUCGAAGUUUGAAAAAAGUGUUCGUUGAGAGUGAGUAUUAUUCCCUCUUCCCAUCCGUGUGUACAUAUUGUGUAAAUACAGCCAAAACAAGAGGAGAAGGGGCCACAGUUUGAUAUCUAUCAGUUGAUUGAUUUGUGGCGAUUUUUCGCGUUUCACGCCAAGUGGAUUGUGCGUGCAUCUGGCCAAGUGUGUGUAUGUAAGUGUUUGUGCGCGGUGUGCAUGUGUACCGUGUUUUUCUCAGUGCUUGAACGCGGUCCGUCACACACGUCAUAGCGGUGAGCCGGCUGCGAGCGCCGCAGACUCCUAGGAAUCGGACGCUGUUUUAGGACAGAGAAAAGGGAAACGAGAGAGUAAGAGAGGAGCAGAUUUUUGCCCCACCAAAGGCGAAGUGAAUUCGGAUCGACUGGAGAAGAGUAGAAGCGAAACCACAAUGGUGUCCACACGACAGAUGACAGGUGCCGCAAUAGAGGAAAGCACACUUUAUCUGUUUCGCUCCUCGGCCAGCAGCAGUAGCUCUAACCAGUCAGCCUCGACCCGUUCCAGUGCCGCCACCUCCUCUCAGAGCCAGACCAAUGUCACCACAAAUGCCACCAACACUAGCAGCAACAGCAGUCCCAACAAUAACAACAGUGCAGUAGUGGCAGUGCCCAAUUCACAGCAAAUGCAGUUGCCCCCCGAUCGUAGCCUGAACCUGCUGGAUUUACCCGUCGAGAUCCUGGGACACAUAUUAUCCUACACGGGUUACAAGAAAGUGGCACAGAUGCGAGUGAUAUCACACCAAAUGAACAGCGUGUGUAGUUCGAUACUGAACUCAACCUUCCAAAAGUUGCAAACGCAGAUGUUGAAUCGCUUCCAGAUAGUGAAAGCAAAAAUGCCACGCAGAGAAUCUGCCCGACGAAAUCAUCCGCUGGCGUGCGAGUGCGAUAUUCUUGAGACGUGUUCGAUGCGUCUAUCGCUACUGCAGAUGACAUUCGGCAAACAUAUCGAGAGGAAACACUGCUGUUUCUUUCCUGGCGGGGUAAGUGGGAUAGAAUUGUAUACCGAGAAGAUUUCAGGGCGCCAUCAUGGGCCAUCAUCGGAAGGCCGGAGUAUAAUCAUUUCAACCUCCAUUUUAUCCCGCGACACGUCACACUCGAGCUCGUCCUCGCCGCCCCAAAGCAACAUGGUACUCCGGAAGGGUAUCCGCAAAAUAAAACAGGGAAUGAAACGAUACAAUAAUCAAUUAUCGGUGUUACGCAGCGAGUUGCGUACUUGCAAGCGGAAGGCAACCGAGCAGGCGAAACAAAUUGGCGAACAGCAGAAGCUGCUGGCGGAGCAGCAAAAGCAAACACUCGAGUAUGCAAAUCGGCUCGACGAGAACGACAAAAAGAACGAGGAGAUUUCGCGGAAGUUUUCCACGCUGCUGCAGGAACUGAACAAGUGCAAAACCGAGCUCCAGUAUUGGCGCUCGAAAAGUCCGAUCACACCGAACUGCAACGCCUGCGGGCAAGCCAUCGUCGCCAUGCCUCCGGAGGAACUGCAAGCGCUGGUUAACCAAGGCGUUCGGCCGGAAGAGAUGGACCUGCCGCCGAUCGCCGAAGAGCCCGCCGAUGUCGAGGAGGUCAUCCGAAUCGAGAACGCUUUCGAUGUCGACGCCCAACCCAUGUCUCCGCUGCCCCCAUCAGCUGCAGCGAUGGCAGCACAAGCCGCAACCGGCGGUUCACCCAGGAGUGCAAAACGGAAGUACGAAUGCAUCAUCGAAAGUGCCAGCGAUGACGUGACUUUGACUGGUUCGCCGUCCACUAGUGGUAGUAGCGAUUCAGGCUCAGGUUCAUCAUCACCCCUUAACCCACCAUUCGCAUCCGCUCCGUUUGCUUCUCUUGUGGCAUCCUACUCAUCUGCGGCCGGGCCCUCCUGUGCACCGUUAUUGAUGCACUCCGCGGCAGCAGUAGCAACAGCAUCAUCAUCAUCAUCGCCUGUAGCAGCAGCAUCAUCGUCAUCAUCUUGUCCACCUUUUUCUUCGGCUGUGUUGUCUGCUUUGGCACCCACCUGUUCCUCCACGUUCCCACACACCACCCAGACAACUCACCUUCCCCCCGCAUCGGCUGCCGCAGCAACAUCAAAUAUUUCCUCCAACAUGAACGGUGGCAGUGGUAACAAUAGUGAUAGUGUUAAUCAUAAGAAACUACGAAGAGUACAAAAUAAAGCUAGAUCACAAACUAAUCACAAUAAUCAUAAUAAUAGUAGCAACGUCGUGACUAACACGAACACAAAGGCAACUAGAAGUAAGAAUAUGGAGAAGUAAAUUGUUGUAUCCUCCCUCCCUCCCAAGUUUGAUUUGAAUUAUUUGAAUACGAAGCGGAAAUCGCUUCAAUUAGAAGAGUAGUAGUGAUAUGAUUUAUUAGCGAAGAAACAAAACAACAAAUUCAGCAGAUUGAAGAUUUGAAGAGAAUUACAAUAUCUAGGUAUAUUUUGUACGAUUAUCUUCAUGUAUAAGCUAUGUUUAAACCACCUUAUAUUGUAUCUACUAAACUUUCAUAUAUUUUCCUUUUUCGUUCCACGUACUUGUUAAUUAAACCCGAAUCAAACCAAACACAUACACAGAAGAGCAGGCAAGGAUCUAAACAUUCUGAUAUGCUCACAGGUACAUCCCCUAAUUUGAAUUUUGCGACUUAUGGAACAAUCGCUCGAAUAUGUAUCGUUUAUUGUGAAGGUUUUUCAUAAAUGAGGAGAAGAGUCAGUUGAAACUAAAGUUCGUUCUCAAAACAUUACUUUAGAUGAUUAGAUUGCAAGGUUCCAGCCAGGACAGGCAAUUCAAGCUUAUUUGUUUUAUUAAUUUAGAUUGCAUGGGAAAACUCAUCUGCAACGCCACAUCGUUCCUUCGUAGUUUAUCAACACUUUUGAGUCAUAAUUGUCAUCAGAAGCACUAAAGAGAUUAACCCAAAUUGCUAUUUUGUGUCGAUUUUUUUAUUUAUUCAAAAGUGAGAUGUUUCUGAGAGUUUAGAACUAUCUCAAUCAUCGAUCGAGUUUCCACUUGCUGCGAUUACGGCCUCCACAGGCUCCCGGAACGCACGGCAGGUCCUAAUGUUUGUCUGAGGCUUGCUGUAGUCGGACGGCGUUUAGAACAGUCCUUGGCCUACAUGACGUGCCAUACUAAGUAAUCCAGCGGAUCAGAUCGGAGGAUGUGGAUGGCGGCCACAUAUCCUUCGCCCAGAACGACAGAUGUUCCUGCAACCACUUCUGAGUGUAGUUCGAUGUGUGCCACGGAUCCCCAUCUUGGUCCUUGAUCCAUGGAAGAACAUACUUGGAUAAAAUCCGGAUGUACGAGGGCAGUCCGUUAAGUACUUAACCUAUACAAAAAAUGGAAAAGUGGUGAUUUAUUUCUCAACAUAGUCUCCUUCUAGCUCGAUACACUUGACCCAGCGAUGCUCCAACUUCUUUAAUCCAUCUUAAAAAAUACGUUUUCUCGAGGUCUACAAAGUAGGCCUCCGUGGCGGCGAUGACCUCCUCAUUCGACUCAAAUUUCUGCCCGGCGAGUGACUUUUCAAUGUUUGGAAACAAAAAAAAAAUUGCACGGUGCCAUAUCUGGAGAAUACGGUGGAUGGGGCAGCAGUUCGUAGUGCAAUUCGACCAAUUUGACCGUGGCGACGGCAGAGAUGUGAGCCGGCUCAUUGUCAUGAGCCCUGUGCCCGUUUUGGCCUUCUCCAGGUAGUCGAUGUAGAUCACACCUUGUGAAUCCCCGAAAACGGUGGACAUCACCUUUCCGGCCGAUAGGACAGUCUUCGCCUUCUUCGGACCACCUUUGCAGGGUGAAGUCCGCUGUUUUGACUGUUCCUUUGUCUCUGGUGUGUACCAGUAAGAUCCAUGUUUCGUCGAAGGUCACAAAACGACGCAGAAACUCCUUCGGUUUGCGUUUAAACUGCGUCAAACACUGCUCUGAAGUGGUCCCAGGGUUGCGCUUGUUGUCCGGAGUGAGCAAACGCGGCACCCAUCGCGUCGACAGCUUUCUCAUGCCCAAAAUUUCAUGCAGGAUGUGACUCAUGCGGUCUUUUGAGAUGCCUACUGUUUGUGCUAUCUCGCGCACCUUCAAUCGGCCGUCUGCAAAUAUGAGAUCGUGGAUUUUUGUCACGAUAUCCUCUGUGGUAGCCGUUUUCGGGGCACCGGGGUGUGGCUCAUCAAGAACGAUUUCCUUUUCAAAAACAUGAAUCGAAUCACCGAUCGAUAUUGCUCUUUUUCCAUUUUUCUAAAUUCCGCGGACACGCCCACUUGACCUCGGACGACCUGUGGUCACCUUCGCGGAUAGCUCUCCUUUCUUAUCUUAGUCUACGACCCUUUCUACGGUCCACCGGGACACUCCCACGGCGAUUGAAAUGUCUUUUUGCGACAUUUGCGCGUGGGACAAAUCACGAAUACGCUGCCAUUUCGUCAUGACGCAACUGUCUGAUUAGGGAAAUCGAAUUCUUUUACGUGCAGCCUAUUACGAUAUAAAUUAUAGCUUAGGUGCAUGCAAAGAAAACCAAAGCAUUGUAUGGACAGGUGAAAUGGGAUCCUUAUUUAUACGAUGUUGUAAACAUUAUCAUGCAUACGGUGCCACGAGAAUCUAUGACAUUUUCAAAAUCCGCUGUGAGACAUAUGAUUCCAACGAACGGCACCGCAUAUCAUCCAUAUCCUUGUCUGAAUGAGUCUGGUCAGCUUUCGACGGAAAACUGUGCUCGUCUCCAUAGCUGUCGUCAGUGGAUAGUAAUUGAGUAAGCGCCAUUCUGGAUCGUUAUUGCACAAUGGUUCUCAUAAUCCAGCUCCUCGUCCUUUUAUGGACAAUCUGUUGGUUAAACUGAGCGGCCAUUUUGUACCUCUCUUUCAUCAUUCCGAGUCACCUUUUCACUCUUCUUCAAAUUCUGUUUGACAACUGCCCAAUAUUUUUCUAUUUUGAGGCCUGUUGAGGUCAGUUAGGUUGAUUGUUGUCCUUUUCGAAGAAAACCACUUUCGAUACCACUGUAGUGACAGCUUGCAUAGUUAGGCCAAAUUAUUGCAUGUCCGUUGUUAGCUUUAAUGAACGCAAGAAUAUGUGUUUUCAGGCACUCCUGUACAUCUUGGAAUCCAUAACCUUGUUUGUCUUAGAAAUUUGUGUUUUUCUGUUCGCAGUUGCCAAUACCUUCCCAGAUCUUCUUGUGAAUUUAUCGUCGAAAACGAAUUUGGACUUGCUAGGGACAUCACCUCGACCAGUGGCUUUGUAGCUCAUCGGGGAGCUUACCACAAUCCUUCUUCACGUACGUUUCGUUCGUCCAUAAAGGUGCAUCCUUCUCGAUACGUCUUUUGGUCACUAGAUUCUGCUUCAGUGUCCUGUUUGGUUGCUUACUGGUCUGAAAAGAUCGAGAACGAAACUUCUGACGGUGCAUUGGCGGGCGUUGAAUUUCUUGGCGACAUCGUAACCCGACAGGCCUGGGUUUGCCAUAAUCGUUUUCAAUACCUCCAAAUGCAUCUUCCGAUUCUUAGUUCCACUACGACGCUUACUAUGAUCCUGUCGAUUUAUACUAUACCGCUCACGGAAAUGUCCAUAUUCGGGUCGCUGCUUCUAUCGAGUAUAAUUUUUUUUUAAACAAAAUGAAUCGUGACGAACUUUUCAGCACUGGAAGAGUUUUACCAGUCUUCUCAAGCUUUCGCUUCAUAUUUGCCCAAUAUUUGUUUAUUGGGCGGAAUUAGGAACACUUCCACGGAUUUAGGUUCAUGUCGGUGAAAUUCAUCCCAUUGUCACUAAUCAACCUUAUCGUGGUUGAACCUCGUCAAAUUAAAUCAAAACAUCACACUUCACAGGUGAGGCAUUCUUCUUUGUACAACUUCUAGUUUAUCCUCUACUUUUUGUUUUCGUACAUCAAUGAUCGCUUCAGAUUCUUCAGCUUCAGCAUAAACAGAUUGACGAAGACGACUUUUCUCCAGUCUUUUGCGAAGUUUACGAUGGAAUCCGCUGGCUUCACAUGUUUUCUCAAAUCUGGUUUGGCAAGGGUCCAAAAAGUCUCAACUGGUGCAGCAGUUAAUUGAUGUCAGCCUGGAGAUCGAAAGCUGGAGUGAAGGUCUGGGUAUAUCUUCAGAUCAUCCGCAAAUAGCAGCAUUUUUGAUCACAGUCAUUCACGAACAGAACAAAUAGAAGAGGUCCCAUAAUACUUCCCGGAGGUACGCCAGAAGUAAAUUCCUACGAAUGCUUUGAGCCAAGUUUGACGUAGGCUCUGCGAUUAGUGAGAUAUGAUUCAGAGACGAAUGAAUUGCAAGAUUUAAAGUCUCUGUAAACAAAGGAAAAGAAAAAGAAGAAAGAAUAUAUGAUCGAAUCCACUCAAUCACCCACGAAGGAAAGCCCGUUUGAGACAUCCUGGCGACCACCAGUUUAUGGGGUACUCUAUCGAAGGCUUUAGAGAAGUCGAAGCAGAUGAAAUCGACUUGGCCACGAUAAUUUUCAACUUUGUUAAUGCUCCCGGAAUUGUGAAUCGGAAAUAUAUAGGGGCAACUCUUCACGCAUCUGUAAAAGUUUUGCUUUGCAGUGAUCGGUUGAAUAACAUGGCCAUAGAAAAGUUAAGAGAAUCAGCACAUUCUCUGGUGAAGGACGGCGGUUGGCCAUCAGUGCCAUCAUCCGGAAGAACCCAACUUGACAUAAUGUUCAUCGUCCAUGAUUACGCAGACUGAUUUUCCACACAGCAGUUGAUCAUAUAUUUUACGAGCUGUUGGUUGGGUGAAUGCGGCUAGUUUUUAAAUCGCAUCUUACUUUGGCAUUAUGGACGGCACUGAGAGGGAUUCCAUUGAUUCUGGUGCAACCGAGACUAAGCUUGGUGCUAAGCUAGGCGUGGAUGGCAUGAUCUGCAAUAGUGUUGCUCAUCCGGUGCAUAGAAAGCGUUGAUGCAACCAGCGCGGCUUGUGGCAAUUGUACAGGUAGUGUAGACGGACUCGUUGAUUGUCAUUAGCUAGGAUUGUGUAGCUUCCAUGCUUGCAGAGGCAACUGAUGUGUAUAUACGUUAGGGUGAAUCGAGCUAGAAGCUUCGGCAUCGGGUUCCGUUCAACUUCGAAGCUGGUUGAUAUGCAAACGUAUCAUCCGGCUAUUCUCAAUCCACACGUAGAAGAUCAUUUGUCCAGAACGCUCCCUAAUGAUCCCUGUUAUACACUUCUAUGAGUUCUUGGAGUGCAUCUUGGCCUGGAUCGCAUCACCUUUCCUGAACGACUUCAGAACCUUUUGGUUAAUUGUUUCCCGAACAGCUGGUGGACGAAGUUAGUCCAGACUGGUCCGUAUUCUGCGCCCGAGCAUGAGUUCGGACCGAGAUUUGCCUUUUGAUGCUGAUACGUUCGUUGUUGUUCGGUAUGUCAGCAAAAAAAAAGUGGCCAAUGUAUCCUGGAUCAGUCUACUUUCCUCUUGAAUUUUCUUGAUCCCUCGCUUGAAGGUGGCUACGAACCGCUCGUCUUGGUCUUGCCCGUUGGACUGCGGAUAGAACGAUGCAGUUGUGACACGGUCGACACCGUUCUCAGGACAAAACUGUGCGAAUAGUUUGAAGAAUUUCGAUGAUUGCUGUGAGCCUGUGAUCGUCUUCGUUCUGAUGAUUUCGACUCACUUGUAGUAUGAAUCAACGUUGAGCUGAGCCCAGUUUAGGCACGACAACGGUGGUGCUUUGGGAGGAUUGUUGGCUGCAGCUGUGCAGUUACGAUGUGAUUUAACACAUGCAGCAAUAUUCGAAUCGAUCGACGGUCAGCAAAUGCACACGAACGCCUUCACGCGCUGGAAUCCCGGUUGUCCUACAUGGACGUGUUGUAGAUAACGCACCCGAAACGCCAUCGGAAUCACUCAACGAUCUUUAAACACCAAACACUCUCGAACCGUAGACAGUGAAUCACUCCGAUCGAAAAACUUUUGAUUUGCCCGAAUGUCCGUUCGUGAAUGCGGCCGUCCUUACUGGACGAAUCGAUAGACCUAGCUGAGAGCAGAAGUGGAAGGGGUGGCGUGCUGCAUUGCUCUGAAAUUGAGAAAAAGUGUGAUAACUGUAUCUGACGUGUUGAUUGAUUAGCCGCGAUUAAUCGAAUAUCAGAGUUACAAAAUUUCGUUAUGUUUACGUUUACGAUUUACCGUUUAGACUGUGGAAUGCCAUUUUUCGAUCCAAUGAUCCGACGGUUUGCAGUGUGAACCUCCGAUCAAACAGAAUCGUUUGGAACUUGGCCACAGCGAUCGCCGGUCCCUAACGAUCUGGCUGACUGUAGGCUUGCUCAGUGGCAGUCAGUGCUCUGGAAGCGUGCUACACGAUCUUCAUUAACCCAUGUGGAAUCUGUGACUGAUGGUUACAAAAGAGAAUAUAUUUGAAAGUGGAGAAGGCCUGGUCGUACUCCGCUGACCAGACGAACUUAUUUUCGGUUUUAAGGAGCUCAUCUAGCGGAUACCGCGCCGUACGCAUGUUGGACGAAAUUCCCAUAGUGGUUUAUCGCUCUUUUGGCGCCAACCUGUGGUAGAUAGCUUUGACUAUUGCAGGAUACGGACGCAGACCUUCCCCGUCGAUGUGAUGUCCCGGGCGUUUGAUCUCAGGCGUUCAGUUGGAAUCGUUUGAGACUCACAGGGGACUUCGACAAGGCGAUGGACUCUCCUGGAUGCUCUUCAACGUGACGCUAGGAGGUUUUAUGCGGGACACGAUUUCAACAACAAAUUCAAUCAGUUUAUUUGCAUCUCCAAUGAUGUAGACAAAAUUGGAAGAACACAAACAUGAAGUCGGGCUGAUUGGGCUUGGGAUCAAUGCGCCUAAGGCUAAAUACAUGCUAGCAGGAGGUGCUGAUCGUCACAGAAUCUCUCUUGCUAGUAGUGUUGUGGUCGACGGUGACGAGCUCGGAAUGGUCGACGAGUAGUUUGAAGACGCAUAGUCAACGGAAGACGUGUCUACUAUGGGCUCCGCAAAUCCUUGAGAUCAAAUAAACUCCGACCCCGUACGAAGUGAAAUGAAGAAAUUCUAAAAAUCAGUCCAUGCAGAAAAUUUACCAGUAGUACUUUCUGAACCGCUCUCAUGAAAUUACUUUCGUAUUUCAUGAGAGCGGUUCAGCUAUUCUAGUUCUUCACUCUCCUCCGCACAUCUCCUUGUGUCAUGGUUGGAUGGUUAUUUUUACGAGGAAGUUGCUCAAAAUCCUUUCUCACAUCUCAUCAUCAAUGCGCAGGAAUCCUAUAUUUUUAAGGGGUGAGAAACACUCUACCAGCCUUAUUUGGGAAGGGUUAACCCAAACAUCGGGUGGGGCUCUCACCCACUAAAAACACAUCUCCUAUCUGCUGCGCUGAAUAACGUUGUUUAUACCCUUUUUUCUCUAUUUAUCUCAUUCUCGUUCCGUUGUUCUCCGCUACGCUUAUGCAUUGCGCAAUCUUCCGUUUAUCCGUUGAGAUGUGUAACGAUUAGGCACUACCCUCCAACAUGUCGCGCAACCCGUCACAGCCACUCUCGCAGAAUUUCUCUUCCCAACGGAGCGCCGAUUAGGUUGUGCCCUUCAUCAUAACGUGCACUCCGUCACAGCUACUCUCGUGGGGUAUGCACCCGUUAGACGACUCCUUCCUUGACGCUCGCUCCUUCGAAACGAAUCUCGCAGUGUUCAUCCUUCCAGUCCACGAUCAGGCAUUGCCUGCACACAUUUUGGUGUUCGAAACUCCGCUUACAUUCCAUUUCGCUAGUAUCCGUUUACCCGUCGAAACGUGUACCGAUUAGGAAUUGCUCUCCAACUUGACACGCAAUCCGUCACAUCCACCCUCGCGAGGUUUCUCACCUGUCGAGAUGUGAACCGUUCAGGAAGCACCCUCCAACGUAACGCGCGCCCCGUCACAGUCACCCUCGCAGGAUUUCUCUUCCCAGCGGAGCGCCCAUAGGUGAUGCCCUUCAAUAUAACGCGCACCCCAUCACAUCUACUCUCGUGGAGUACCAUCCGUUAGAGCAGUUCUCGCAAAUGUUCUCCUUAACCAGUCAGGCGUUAUCAGCACGUUGGUCGGUCCUCUACUUCCGCUGUAGCUCGGGCAUGGUGUGUACGAUUGCACUGUUCACUGCGUUGCAGGUGCCGUCGUCACGACACAUUUCCUCCACGAUGUUCCCAGCGUGAAGGGCAGGCAGCCCCUCGCGCCUUUCGGUGAAUCUGGGACGCAGACAUCCUAUGUACCUCAUAGCACGUGUUUUGGAUACUAGACUCUGCUUCAUCGUCUUGUUUGGUUGCUUGCUUGCUCGUUAAGAACAAAAUCCUGCUCACAGGCGGAACCUUCGAACGGUACCACCGUAAUUCAUUGUGAUUUCCCUAUCUGACAGUCCUGGGUGUGUGAAAUGCGGCGGAACAUUCACCAUCGGAAGAGGACAACUUUAUUAACAAACUGCUGUCAAAAACUUGUUGCAUCAGUCACUGAGCGUACCGCUUUUUGCUCCGAUGUGCGAGCCGCCUCAGGAUGUCGAUGAUGCCUGAGAAAUUUUGAUCAUCGUUCCGACAACUUGUGUUUUCCUUUGCUGUGUUGAAGACUGUUCCCGGCUCUUGUGUAUUGUCGCAGUUCUGAUAGAUGUUAUAAUCACCUUUAAACAAUAGCAACGUCGACCCCAUCCAGCACAUCUUCUGUGUAGUGUGAUGACGUUUGAAAUGCGAGUUCCAAUAAAAUUUAGGUACUCGCAAGAAGGUUGAAGGACCUGUAAUUCUAUGCCUCCAGCUCACAAUAUCCAGUUCACGUUCUACCCUUUGGUCUGGUCCGAUUGUUCUUUUUUUAUCUCGUCGUGAGUUUCUGUGUUGUUUUCAAAGUAACGUGCCCUGCAACUGUACCAAUUUGUUCCCAAUUUGAGCUAUACUGAUUUUGGAAUACGACACGGUGUCAGACGCACCUCUUUCAACUCCAGUUCCAUCAUUUUAUUUUAACCUACUAAAAAUACUGAUAAAGCCCAUGAACAGGCACCAUUUCUGUUUCCACCCAUCUAGGUUAUUGUAAAACCCAACAUUCAGUUGAAAUAGGCUGGAUUGAAUUAACUAUACUAUUGGAUUGAAAAAUAGAACCCAAUAGUUGCUAAGCAAUAUCAUCCCACAGAUCGCAAUUUACGUUUGUUUUACGUCGGCGCAGGAUUGAGUAGUUCAACUGAAUACAUGUCAAGCGUAUUUAAUCCCAAUUUAACAAAAAGAAAGCUAAUUUAAAGAGCCCCCGCAUAAUACAGACUUUCUGUCAACCAACAGUUUGGUCGGGUCGGCCUUCUGGUGCAAAAACCGACCCAACUGAAUGAGCGUAAUGUGCGCACAUGCAUACCUCUCCGUACUGAUUAAGAAGCCGACCAAAUUAUCGGCCGACAAAUCAGUCUGCAGUCUGCGGGGGCUCUAAUAAUUUGCAACCAAUAAUAGAGUCCACAGAAAACCGAUAGACAAAAACACACACACACACACAUACCAAAAAGAAGCAGCAAUUAAAAAUUGAAAAAAAGCAAAUACACAACUGAAAGAAUGACAUUUACGUUCACACAAAGACCGACUAACAUAGCAAAAUACCAAUAAACUAAACAAUAGCAUCAACGUCAACGGCGAAUUUGUGUUGUAUUACCGAGUAGUCAAAUACAUCAAUAGUUGUAACAAUAAUGUAAAGCCCCCACCCAUUGUUUACUGACAGGUGACACAUGGGGAAGCACGCGUAUUGAAGAAAUGUUUUAAUGAUAGCAGAUCUCCCAGUGUGAUUCCCCACAUCAUCCACACGCAGUGAUGUAUAUUACUUGUGUAUGUGUUUCGCGAUAUUUUUACAGCCUUUUCAAAAUGAUUGUUGUGAUCGGGAUUAUUUUUCUAAAAUUAAUAAUUUACGAAGCAAUCCAUAAAAUUUACACACGCAAAUAACAAUAAAAAAAGGUGACAUCCCCCUAGCGCAAUAGAAAGAGAAUGAUCAGAAGCAGAAUCUAAACAAAAAUUCAACAAAAAAGCGAAAUUACAUAUAUACAGAAUACAUAGCACACACAUUGAAACUAAACAAGCAAAUAAUGCGAUCAAUUAGCGAAACGGUGUAACAAUUUCCCCUUCUUCUUCAACUCUGAAAAGGCCUGUGAGAAUCCUACAACUAAAAUACACAGCAAAUGUUCCAAUGGGAAAAAGUAUGAAUCAACAGAAAAAAGUUUAUAAACUAAUGCAAAACAGAGAAUUACACACUGAGUAAAAAAAGGGGGUAAAGUGUAGCAGACUUUUUCUCUCACAUAUAUACAGAAUAUAUACAACAAAGCAAACAAACAAACAAAAUAAUUAAUUAUUAUUUUUGUAGUAGAUGCUAGUUUUAUAAGACAAUUUACUAUAUAUGGGCCGUGCUCGGAGCGGGGAUAAGAUCGCAAACCGAUUCGUCCUCCACCACUCCUCGCACGCCGUCCGUUGGCUCUCAUCUAAUUGUGGUAGUGAUAUUUUCGUGAAAUUUCCAAUUCUGCUAGAGAACACUGGAAAGUAAAAAAAAAAGUCGAAAUAUGUGGAACAAGAAAACAAUUAAAUACACCGGCCGGCACACGGUUGGAUACCAUUGUGUAAUAGGUUUGGUUUUUAAACGAAUUCGAUGGACUCACGGAAAUCUUACGUGCAGGGAAACGGAAAUCAAAACAACAACAAUCCAAAAACGGAAUCGGAAAAUGAGGCAAAAAAAAUCAACAAUCAGAAUAGACACGGAUAUUGAAUAUUGAAUCCUAAAAACCUUUUCUACCAAUAAUAAUGACUGUUUAUAGAGCCCUUUCUCGUUUUCUCUAAAAGAAUUACGAAAAAACAAAUUUAGAACAGUAACAAAUUAACACACCCACAAAAAAACACACACACGGAUCUGGAAAUUGGAACAAUGAAAACCAAGAGAGAAAAAAACGAAAAUCAAGUAAAACUAAUUAUUCAACAAAAAAAAUAUGGCUAGGUAGAAUGUGAUAAACAAGAUAUAAGGUGAACAAAAAAAACACUAAAUAGCAAGCCACAGCAACGCUAAAUUGUAUGACAUUAGCGUGUUUUAACGUUGUUUCCAAAUCGUUGUUUUUAUUUCUUUCUUUUGGUCCGCUUCCAAUGAAUCAUGCAGAAUCAAAACAAAAAAUGAAAACAGAAGAAGAGAAACUGUUGAGUUGAAUCUCGAGUUUCCCGUCGUUUCUGUUUUUAGUAGCACAAAAAUUCACCCGAGCUCAUCGUUCGUGAUUUUAAAGACAGUGUUCGCUUCGGUCGGCAGAGGCGGAGGCAUCGGAUACAGAACAAGCAAAUGCGUCAUCCGUCUUCCGGCGAAGCAGAAUGGAUGGACAAGUGAAUAGAAAUCAAUUAUGUGAAAAUGAACACAAUGAAUUUUAAACAAAACCCUUCUCUGUUAAAUUGAAAAACAAGGAUUAGAUAUUUUAAGAAGUUUUUCUUCUGUAUUUCUCGUUGCACAAGAGUAAGAAUAUAUUAUUAAUCAAACAAAGAAAACUGAGUAAAAACAAGAAUAAACAGAAAUCAAAUAGAAAUCAAGAGAUAAAAAUGAAAACGAAAA